AGGCCCACACCUCUGAAUCUCAUAUGCUUCCAUCCACUUCCCUGGCUCCUUUAGAGAACUACACCUCUGAAUCCCUUUUGGAGCCCUCCAUCUCUGAGAUACCUAUAGGAUACUCUGAGAUCCCUUUAGAAACCCUUAUCUCUGAGACCCUGUUGGAAACUCACAUCUUUAAGGUCCCAGAGAAACACCUUUCUUCUCCUACCUCAUCACAAGAUUAUGUCCCUGUAUCCUCCCCUGAUACUCUGAAGGAAGACCUCUCUAAGUAUUCUCCCAGUGAGGUCUCAUGGUCAAGGAGGUCCAUCCAGAUCUCUGAGUCUGAGAUCCUUCAAAAGCACUCCCUUUCAAGCCCUUCAGCCCCAGUCCACCUGGACACAUCUGCAAAGGAAAAGGAAGAGGAAGGAGAAGACAAAGAGCGGGUGGAUGCCACGGACAGCACCGCAGCCAUGGCGCAGCCUGGACAACAGUGGAGCAAGACGAAGGAGAAAGGAGUUAGCCAUUACACAGUCCACCCAGUGGUCCCUGCCAAGCGAGCAGAGCUGGUGGAAGUGGCUAAGACAAUGCCCAGAGAGAAGUUUGGUGCUCAGGUGAAUUAUCUUUUCCAAUGGGAGAAGAAUGCAGCCCUAAGUACCAUCCAGACAGGUGAGCCCAGAAAGCCCUUCAGAAGCCUGUGA